AUGUCGCCGUCCGUCUCACCUCGAGCGCGGCGCACGCCAUCCAACUCACCACUAUCCACCCCCACCACCACCACCGAUCCGUUCAGCCUAGCACUCCAACCACCACCCACCGAGACUGCCGCCGAAAAAGCAGCUCGCAUCCAAUCAGAACGCCUCGCCAAGCAACGCAGCGAUGAGAUCGACAAACUUCUCCGUCAACCCCCCUCCACCUCGCCCAAGGGGAGGGAGUACAAGAUGGUCCUCCUGGGCCAGGCGGGAGCGGGAAAAACCACGGUGCUUAAACAGAUGCGGCUGCUGUACGAUCCACAGGCGCACGAGAGGGAGAGGAGGGGUUGGACCAAGAUCGUGCUGCUGAACACGAUGUGCAGUGUACGGGUGCUGCUCGAGACGAUGGAACGGUUUCACCAGGAGAGGAAGGAGAGACGAUCGAGUGAGUUGGAUCGACUGGAGUCAGAGGGAGGGGAGGUCGGACCGAAGAACGAGCGAAACGAGGCGCGCAUGCCGUGGGCAGCACAUCUGGGGGAGGUGGUGCGGUUGGAGAUGGCGAUGCGACGCGAACUCGGGGCGUUUGGUGAAGAGGCGGAGGUGCCCGACACCGCUCCUGGCAAAAGCGGGCAAGCUCGUCCCCUUUCCUCUCUCGAGGGCAAAUCGAGGGGCGGAUUGGAGAAGAGCCCUCUCAUCUUGCGACCCGGGUGGCAAGAACGGCUGUUCACGUACGCACGACGCUCGCUCUCCCAUUCGCGCACUCAACCCGAGUCCUCACCCUCCGACACCGACGACGACCCAGCACUGAUCUUCCUCCGCACCAUCCAAUCGGACAUCCUAUCCCUCUGGUCCGACGCCUCAUGCCGCGCCCUCCGUCACCGCGGUCUCUUCCUCGACGCACAAACCGACUCGCCCACAACCUACUUCCUCGAUUCCCUCCCUCGCAUCCUCUCGCCCACCUACACGCCCAAUGACGAAGACAUCCUCCAUUCGCGCGUGCGCACGCUCGGCAUCACCUCCCACACCUUCCGCAUCGAUCGCACGCUCCUCUACACCAUCUACGACGUCGGAGGCUCUCGAUCGCAACGCCAUGCCUGGGCGAGUUAUCUCGAUGAUGUGGGGAGCAUCAUCUUCCUCGCCCCCCUAUCCGCGUUCGAUCAACCCCUGGUGGAAGACCCAGGCGUUAAUCGGCUGGAAGAUAGUUUUGCGCUGUUCAGCCAGGUGGUGUCCAACCCGCUGCUGCGCGGAGCAAGCAUCGUACUGUUUUUGAACAAGAUCGAUCUGCUCGAGCAAAAACUCCGGAGUGGAAUCCAGCUGGGAAGGUAUUGGGCAGCGUAUCAAGGCGAUAACGAUUUCGAGGCGGUUUGGCGGUGGUUCAGGGGCAAGUUUCGGGAUUGUGUACGCGAGGUGGAGGAGAAGGAAGCUGAGGGAGAAAAGAGGAGGUUGUAUGUGCAUACGACGGUGGCGACGAGCAGUGCGCAGAUAAGGGCGAUUCUCAUGAGUGUCAAGGACACGGUGUUGCGGGAGAAUUUGAGGGUGACGGGGUUGGUGGGUUAG